UCCGAGAGUGCAAAUCAUGGCCCGGGCACAGAGCUACAAGUGUAGUCUUCAGGGCUGACUUUUAAAAGAAGGAGACUUUAUUUUAAGACUGGAGCGUUUACAUAGUUGUUAUUUGCUGGCAUCAACCCACCUGGACCUCCAUCUACAGUUUAUCCUUCGUGAAGCUUCUCCGACAGUAACGAGGUUAGCAGCUCAGUCUGAACACAGCGAUGCUAACAGCUAAUGUUAGCUUAAUACCCUCCGAGGAUUUCUGCUGCUGAGAGACACUUUCGGUGUUUAAGAAGUUUGUUCACGGUCACCGUUUUCCAGCAGACAUGGAUGAAAACCUAACCUCAGGAAACAUGACAUUCAGGAGGCAGAAUCUUCUCAAAUGGCCACACUCACCUCUUGCUGCCUGUUCAAAGCUGGUCGCUUGUGACCAAGAUGCUAGUUUUGAUAACUCUGGAAUGUUUUCUGAUUCAUUCAUUAAUUUUAGAAUAGAGGUAGUUAACAAUUUUACGUGCAAAAGGAAAUGUGAUCAUUCCAAUCCUAGUUAUGGUCUUGAGACUCCCAUUAAAAAGCCCUUGAACCAGAGGAACUUCUCUUCAGACCUUGAGCGUGUAAUGGACUACUGCAGGCCUCUAACCCAAUGGAAGCAGAUUUCCCCUUUAACAGAUUCUGUCCAGGACUGUCUGGACACAACUUGGCACAGCAGCUCUUCUACUACGUUACUUCACCAUGAACAGAACUUUGAAUUGGUUGGACAGUACACCACCAGCAACAAGCAACAAGAAAGACCUCUUCAAAGGAAAUACCUACAGGAAGACGGAAAACGUGUGAAGAAUCAACGGGUUGAUUUCUUGAACAGAGAUGUCGAUUGGAAGCAUAGAAAAAAUCUGUACGUUCGUUCAGUGACCCAAGACAUGACUGAGAGUCCAGGAGCAAAUCAUGAUGUGAUGUCUGAGCUGCUGAACCUGAUGAGCCAUGUGGCCAAGCAGACAACCGGCUCCAGUGGUACGCAAUGGCAGCAUCCAUCUGACCUCACACGCAGAAAUUACCAAAGACGUUUUGGUAAACAAUCAAUGACGUUUCAUGACUGGCGGUCCAAAAACUGUCCAACAUACAAGCGAUUUGCCAGUGUGCCCAAGAUUUUCAAAAGGAAUCAGUCUCCAUAAAUCAGGACUUGUGGGUGGACUAAAUAACUUGCACUUAGUUUAGACAAUUGUGUAUGUACACAAUGCCAGUCUUUAUUAUAAUUUUAACAUGUUUGGAUAAAUUUCUAGUGCUUUCUCUUUCUUUUUUAAUGUUUUAUUUUGGGUGUGACUGUUGCUUUGUUUGAUCAAUUAGUUAAAUUAAUCCACCAUGAUAGAUCGGGACAUCUCUAAUUUUAAGCAUAUGAAAGGAUUUGCAUUUUUAAUAUACCUAUGCCUUUAAAUUUAAAUUCAUUCUUAUCCAAAACAUUUUUUGCUAAAGUCAGUGAAUUUCUUUUCAUGUUGUCUGUACUUUGUGUGUGUACACUAACAUGAAUGUGCACAGGACACGUUGGAAUAGUGUUGUCAGGAUCCAUCUGAGCCCCUCUCCAGGGCUGUCCACGAAAACUUGGUUUUCUUUUCUUUCUUUUUUCCAGUGAAUGGUUCGGUGUAGAGCAAGGAACAGUAAUAUGUACCUACAAGUUUCAUUCCAGACUUGCUUAUAAACCUUUCUGGAUUUAUGCUGACAUGCAUUUCUGCUUAUGUAACCCACGAUGAGGAAAAUUGAUAUUUUUUAUGACAUGCCAGUCAACACAACUUUGAAUUGAUGUGUUUUGUAUAUUUUGUAUGGAAAAAGGCUGAGAUUGUUUUGUGCGUCAUUCUUUGGCAUUUUGUUUGGCUGGAGAAAUGUUUCUGUUUAUAGUGUUCUGGAUAAUAUACAUUCUCACGAGGGAUUCUUAAUAAUGGAUUUUUGCUGAUAAGCCAGUAUUUUUGAACUGUUUUUGGGUGAUUGCCAGUACAGCUAUAUGCACUUUUUUCCACCUAAUUGCUGAGAGCAUGUUCUCCUGUAGUGGAAUUAACAUACUGUGACUAUUUUUAUCAUGGUGACCCAGUGGCUGAUGCUGUCAAAAAAUCUCAAACGUGCACACUGGGCAUAAUUAAACAGCUUCAGUUUUCAUUUGAAACAUUCCAUAUUUCCUUUUAAAGCAGGAUUUUUACAUACAAAUGAAUGUCUGUUUCAUUCAAGCCCUUGCCAGAUUAGUUCACACCAGGCUGAUUUAGUCCAUCAGCUCAACAGCAUCACCCAGCAGUGAUUGGUUUGACAGAGCUGUAUAUUUAGCGGAAACACCUAAGAAGCUUCUGUAAAAAAUUUCUUAUGCUUCAGAUAAAACUGAAACUCAGUGUUCAGAAGAAGGAUUACAGUAAAAAAAAAAAUGAUUGAGGGUAAGAUACGAUGCCUCAUCGGUGCUUGUCUAUUAACUUGCUGCCAGAAGAGGGAGAGUAAGAUGUGCACAUGUUGCAGUAACAUUUGCAAAAAUACAAACUUGUAGCAUGGCACGCUUUAUCUGCUCAUCAGUGUUUGUUUUGAAAUGAUGCUGAUAUUUCAUUUUAAUGCCUUUAUCGGCUGAUAUAGAUAACGGUUCUGACAUCAUUGUACAUCCCUAAUUGCCACAGAUCAAUGCAGAUCAUAUACUUCAUUUGGAAUAAAAUGCUUAUCAGCAAAACUCUUCACAGCAGUGUCUCUUGGUGAUGUUUACAACAAAGAAACCCAUUUGAACAUCAUACUCAAGAAGUGCAUUUAGCUCCAACACUGUCCCAAUAUG